ACAUCUGUAUCCCUGCAACCGCCAACCGUUUUUCCGAGAAACCUGCUCGCCUCGCCUCUCCACACGCCUAUCGUCGUCGUCCUCUCCCUCCCUGGCUCGCUCGAUCUGCAUCGUCUGUCUCAGUUGGUGGGGGGUGUCCGGGCUAUCUGUUCAUCCGUUGAAGUGGUCUCUUGGAUCUAUCUCUCGAUCUCUGCCUCAGCUUUUCCUUCCUCCCUCCAGCUUGUUUAACGGGUCCUCGCGAUCGAUCGGUCGCUAGCUCCCAGCUACCUGGUCAACGUACAGCAGGCGGGCAACAGUUUCCGCCGUGUCGUGUGUUUAUAUACGCGCGCGCGGCCGGUCUUCUCGCUUCCGCCUGCAUCGGCGGCGGCGGCGGCGUCGGCGUCUUCGUCCGAUCUAUCAUCCCAAUCUCUUUUGUUGCCAUUGCCUGCAUGUACGUUAGUGACCAGCCCCCAUCGGCCCAUCCAAAGAAUCCCCUUGUUGCCAUUGGCCGUCCGCCUGUCCCGCCUCCCGUCCCUACGACCAGUUCCUCGAUUGCAAGCUAGUAGAUAGCUUCCAUCGUCCAGGGCGCGCGGGCAAGCGCUGUACCGUCCGUCCGUCCGUCCGUCGCGUCGACCCCACAGAUCGAUCCCGCGCGGUCGAUCCGCUGACGCCGACGGCCGAUCGCUAGCUGCUGGUGGUGGUGGCCUUGCACUUGCACGUUGCACCGGCGGCAGGCAGAGAUCGCGCGCGGCUGGGCGCCAGCAUGCACGGCAACAACGGCAGCGGCGAGCAGCACUCGCCGAGGUCGCCCAAGUCGUCGGCGUCCCCGCGCGGCGGGGGCGGCGGCGGCGGAGCGGCGAAGCUCCCGAGCAGCGCGGCGGCCUGGCUGGUGGACAGCCGCUGGGCGCUGUCGGCCGCGCUGAGCCUGCUGCUGUUCCUGGCCGUCGCGCUCGCCGUCACGUCCUUCUCCUCCUCCUCGUCGCCCUACAUCGUCUCCCCGUCGUCCUUCUUCUCCUCCCUCCCCGUCCCCGUCCCCGCCAGCCGCGCCGCCGCCGCCAACCACUCCCAGUCCCAGUCGCCGCCUCCUCCCCCCGGCGCCGGCGUGCCGCGGCUGGCCUACCUCAUCUCCGGCUCCAAGGGCGACCUGGACCGCCUGUGGCGCGCGCUGCACGCGCUGUACCACCCGCGCAACCAGUACGUGGUGCACCUGGACCGCGAGGCCCCCGUGGCGGAGCGCCUGGAGCUGGCGGCCCGCGUCGCCAACGCCACCGUCUUCCGCCGCGCCGGCAACGUCCACGUCAUCCGCCGCGCCAACAUGGUCACCUACCGCGGCCCCACCAUGGUGUCCAACACGCUGCACGCCUGCGCCGUCCUCCUCCGCCGCGGCGGAGCCUGGGACUGGUUUAUCAACCUCUCCGCCUCCGACUACCCGCUCAUGACGCAGGACGACAUCCUGCACGUAUUCUCCACGGUGCCCAGGAACGUCAACUUCAUCGAGCACACCGGCUACCUAGGCUGGAAGGAGGGGCAGCGUGCUCGGCCUCUGAUCGUGGACCCGGGGCUGUACGGCUCCAAGAAGCAGGACAUCUUCUGGGUGUCGCAGAAGCGGGAGCUGCCGACGGCGUUCAAGCUCUUCACGGGCUCCGCCUGGGUGGCGCUGACGCGGGACUUCGUGGAGUACACGGUGUGGGGGUGGGAUAACCUGCCGCGCACCCUGCUCAUGUACUACGCCAACUUCGUCUCCUCCCCGGAGGGCUACUUCCAGACGCUGCUCUGCAACGCGCCCCGCUUCGUGCCCACCGUCGCCAACCACGACCUGCACCACAUCCAGUGGGACGUGCCGCCGCGCCAGCACCCGCACCCGCUCGCGCUCGCCGACAUGCCCGCCAUGCUCGCCAGCGGCGCGCCCUUCGCCCGCAAGUUCCCGCGGGACGACCCCGUGCUCGACGCCAUCGACGACGGCCUCCUCGCGCGCCCGCGCACCGCCAACGCCACCGCGGCCUUCGUGCCCGGCGGCUGGUGCGGCGCCGACGCCGAGUGCCGCGCCGUCGACAACGACUGGGUGCUCAGGCCUGGGCCCGGAGCCCAGCGCUUCCGGAGGCUCAUCGACAGGAUCGUCAGGUCAGAGGCCUUCCCCAACAGGCAGUGCAAGUAGCGUCCUCGUCGUCAUCAUGUGUGUGGUUGUGUUUGUGUGUGUACAGGAAAAAAAACACCAGACGGUUUGUUGUACUCAUGUAGUGGACACUGGAGAUGAUCAUACUUCACUUUUCAUAUAACAACAAUACACACAUAAAACAUGCUAGUGUUAGCGA